AAAUGUGAUAAUUUUAAUAGUUCACUUCUAGUGUCAAGUAUGAAUAUAAUUAAUAACACUGAUGCUAUUUUAGAACCUUUAGAAGAUAUGCAUAUUGAAAUGAAAAAUACUGAUAUAAAAACUGAUUUUAAUUCAUUCAAUCUAAAUCAGCAAGAUACGUUUACUGAUACAAAUAUAAAAAUGGAAAGUAAUAUUUCUGGACAGAGUACCUCGAAAAAAAUUGUAAAAAGAACUGUUAUAAGAAAAAGGAUUACUGCUUUUACAUACACUUGUAUUAUUUGCCAGGAAGAGUUUAAAACAACCAACUCUUUUAAUAAGCAUCUAGAAAUCCAUCCAUUAGAAUGUCGUUUAUGUGCAAAAUUAUUCACCAAAAAGAAAACUUUUGAUGAUCACGAAGCUACACAUGUAGGUUUUAAGAAAUAUGCAUGUACUAAAUGUCCAAGACGUUUCCAUUCUGAUGAGAAAUUGAAAAAACAUGAAUGGAUAUGGAACUCCUCUGUUUCAAGAACUUUGUAACUAAACAUUUUCCAAAUCAGAGAAUCGGCAAUCUUCGAAACCCACCAAAAACUAGGAUUUUUAACUAGAAAAAACCUGUAAAUUCAACUUCAAGAAUUUACAUCUUUAUUCUACUAAUUAGUUUUUAAUAUUUAUUUUUUUGUAGAGAAAGGAGGGCCUUUAGUUCAGAUUUUUAAGAAAUCAUAUACGUAUAUAAACAGCGUUGGUGCGCACGUGUGUUUUUGUGUACACAUAUGUAUAAAUGUAAAUAA